GGCAGCUCUGAUUGCUACUUUGAACUUGAACUGUCAAUUGAUUAUCGGCAAUACGCUGAUGUAGAAUAAAUAUAUUUUAAUCAAUAAGAAGAGUGAUUCGCUACUAAAUAACUAUCAUAAGAACAUGCUUCGCUCUGGAAAUAUUUUACGAGUGACGCACUCGGUUAUAGGAACAUUAACGAAUCGCAUGGCUUGUAAGUUGGAGUCUAUCCGGACGUUCCGAAACAUGUGCCGCAUGGGAAACACAAUUAAUACAAAAUACUACCAACAUUUAUUGAAGCCCGUAAGCUGCUCUUGUGGAUGCUCUGGACUGCAACAUGUUCACACGAAAGGUGAACGAGAGCUUGUGGAAUUUUUAACCGAAGAAAUUGUUGCUGAGAAAAAAGUACAACAGAAAGUGAAAAUACCUACAGAAAUUGAAGGAUUUCAAAUUAAACUGAAUGGGGCGGACGUAGAAAUGCAAAAGACAACUUCAAAAGAAAAGAUUAUAAUUUCUUUUAACAUUAACCAUACGGUUGAUGCGGAAGAUGAAGCGGAAAUCAAUCCCGCUGCAGAUAAGCCAGAAUUCGCCGAAAUGAAAAGUAAACCACAAUUUGAAGUUGAUAUUGUGAGAGGUUCUCGAACGCUUAGUUUUACAUGCUCAUUUCUUCGUGGAGAGGCUCAGGAAGGCGAAUACAAUGAUGUGUUUGGUAUUGACGAAAUUACGUUAUUCGAAGGAGAAUGGAACGAUAAAACUUAUGCCGUAGCAGGGGACGUUUUAGAUGGAUACCUCUACGAUCUGUUGAUGAAUCUUUUAGAAGAAAAGGGUAUUAGCAAUGACUUUGUUGAAAAAAUUUCUGAUUUUAGCACUCACUAUGAACAUUCUUCGUAUAUUCAGCUACUGGAGGGUAUUUCGAAAUUUACUAUCACUGAAAAUAAAUAAGCGACGUGAGAAAGUAGUAAUCAUAAAAUAAAGGAGUAGUUUAAUGUAA